GUCAAAGCCGUUUCCGGCGGGAGCCGGAAGACCGUUCCGGAUGGCGUCGGGGGCGGCCUGCGCGUGGAGGUGAGCAGCGGGGCCGCCGGCCUUCCAGCGCCUGCUGGUCGCCUCAUGUUGAGGGCCGCUGCCGCCGGCCCCCGCUCGGAUCGGCGAGACUGAGGUGCCCGGGCAGCGCGCAACAUGUCUUCGGGUCUCCGCGCCGCCGACUUCCCCCGCUGGAAGCGCCACAUCUCGGAGGAGCUGAGGCGCCGGGACCGGCUGCAGAGGCAGGCGUUCGAAGAGAUCAUCCUGCAGUAUAACAAGUUGCUGGAAAAGUCAGAUCUUCAUUCAGUGCUGGCCCAGAAGCUACAAGCUGAAAAGCCGGACAUACCAAACAGGCACGAGAUAAGUCCUGGACAUGAUGGUGCGUGGAAUGAGAGUCAGCUACAAGAAAUGGCUCAGCUAAGGAUGAAACACCAGGAAGAACUGACUGAAUUGCACAAGAAACGUGGAGAGUUAGCUCAGUUGGUGAUUGACCUGAAUAACCAAAUGCAGCAGAAGGACAGGGAGAUGCAGAUGAAUGAAGCAAAAAUUGCAGAAUGCUUGCAGACUAUCUCUGACCUGGAGACGGAGUGCCAAGAGCUACGCAGUAAGCUACAGGACCUUGAAAGAGCCAACCAGACCCUGAAGGAUGAAUAUGAUGCCCUGCAGAUCACGUUCACUGCCUUGGAGGAGAAACUGAGGAAAACUUCGGAGGAGAACCAGGAGCUGGUCACCAGGUGGAUGGCCGAGAAAGCCCAGGAAGCCAAUCGCCUCAACGCAGAGAAUGAAAAGGAUUCAAGGAGGCGGCAGGCCCGGCUGCAAAAGGAGCUUGCAGAAGCAGCAAAGGAACCUCUACCCGUUGAACAGGAUGAUGACAUUGAAGUCAUUGUGGAUGAAACCUCUGAUCACACCGAGGAGACCUCCCCGAUGCGAGCCACCAGCAGAGCGGCCACUAAGCGACUCUCGCAGCCUGCUGGAGGCCUUCUGGAUUCUAUCACUAAUAUCUUUGGUCUGUCCGAGUCUCCCCUUUUGGGACAUCACUCUUCUUCUGAUGCUGCCAGGAGGCGCUCUGUCUCUUCCUUCCCAGUCCCCCAGGACAAUGUGGAUACUCACCCUGGUUCUAGUAAAGAAGUGAGGGUGCCAACAACUGCAUUGUGUGUCUUCGAUGCCCACGACGGGGAGGUCAACGCCGUGCAGUUCAGUCCAGGUUCCCGGCUCCUGGCCACCGGGGGCAUGGAUCGGAGGGUGAAGCUUUGGGAAGUGUUUGGAGACAAAUGUGAGUUCAAGGGUUCCCUCUCCGGCAGUAAUGCAGGAAUUACAAGCAUUGAAUUUGACAGUGCUGGAUCUUACCUCUUAGCAGCUUCAAAUGAUUUUGCAAGCCGAAUCUGGACGGUGGAUGAUUAUCGGUUACGGCACACACUCACGGGACACAGUGGCAAAGUGCUGUCUGCCAAGUUCCUGCUGGACAACGCGCGUAUCGUCUCUGGAAGUCACGACCGAACCCUCAAACUCUGGGAUCUGCGCAGCAAAGUCUGCAUAAAGACAGUGUUUGCGGGGUCCAGCUGUAAUGAUAUUGUCUGCACAGAGCAGUGUGUAAUGAGUGGACAUUUUGACAAGAAAAUUCGUUUCUGGGACAUCCGGUCAGAGACUAUCAUCCGAGAGAUGGAGCUGCUGGGAAGGAUUACUGCCCUGGACUUAAACCCAGAAAGAACUGAACUCCUAAGCUGCUCCCGUGAUGACCUGCUAAAAAUUAUUGAUCUCCGAAAGAAUGCUGUCAGACAGACGUUUAGCGCGCCUGGGUUCAAGUGCGGCUCCGACUGGACGAGAGUCGUGUUCAGCCCUGACGGCAGUUACGUGGCAGCAGGCUCGGCCGAGGGCUCUCUCUAUGUCUGGAGUGUGCUCUCGGGGAAAGUGGAGAAGGUCCUUUCAAAGCAGCACAGCUCGUCUAUCAAUGCGGUGGCGUGGUCCCCCUCCGGAUCCCACGUGGUCAGCGUGGACAAAGGAAGCAAAGCUGUGCUGUGGUCAGAGUAUUGAUGGCACCUCCUCGGGAGAGCAGACCCGAAGCUGGAGAAGCACACGGCCCGCAGCUCUGGCGGCAGGAGGUGCGUUCACCGCAGCUUUGACCUCCAGAGGACAGCACGAGCCCCGUCACAGCGGCCUUCCUUUGAACGGGAUUUCUGAGGCUGUGGGCCGAGGUCCCUCGUGACCUGGUAACACUGAACAAGACCUGACACUGCGGUCCCUUCGCCGAGGCUCAGCUUCGUGCCUCCGUGCGGCUGGGAAACACUACUGGCUCUGGUCUUCCAUACCUCAGGGGGGAGCACAGGCACCGCAGGUCUCCUCGCUGGACGGCUGUGCCAAAAACACCCCCACCUGGGGGGCGGGGUCCCCCUGUGCUUCUCCCGUCCUUCCAAAGUCAGUUCUGGCCUAAUGCAUGUCCUGUCACCGCGGGGUCAUUCUCCCGGUGAACUUGCUUUAAUCAUUGGAGUCACAGAAACCCAAACAGGAUUACCCCUGUCCUCAGUUGGCCCAUGGAGACCACCCUGGUUUCCAAGGAGACACGGGGCUGUGGUCCUCCCUGCUGCUUUGUGUCAUUACGAGGCUCUUACUUGGAUCUCAUCUGAUUAUGGUUGGAAUUUUCUUAGAUCUCCUAAACUGUUCUUGGAAAGCAACUAUUCUUCAAAGCUUCUGAUUCACGUAUCUAUUUCUUGGUUGAGAAAUAAAUCAAUUUGGUUAAAAAAUAUUUUUUU